AUGCGUUUCUCUCUUGCCAUCACCAGCCUCCUGGCCAGCACGGCCACCGCUGGCGUUGGCGUUGCCGACGUGACUGCUGACGCCAACGUCAAUGUCGAUGGCCUCGUCGAUGGCGACGUCGAUGUCAAUGCCAAGGUCCUCCCGGUCCACCAUGGCAGCUUCACCGAUGCCGAUGGUGACGACGCCGACAUCUAUGACGCCGACUUCCUCGACCGCCGCCAGGAGCUUGCCGACGUCGACGUCGAUGCCGACGUCGACGUCCUUGUCUCCCGCCACGCCGAUGGCAAGGUCGAUGCCGCGCGCCGCGCCGCCAAGAGCUUCAAGUGCCCCUCGGGCCUGAGCUACUGCCCCUGGACCAAGUCGUGUGCCUGCGCCCCGGGCCAGAAGCUCGACCACAAGUCCAAGAAGUGCGGCGGCAAGCGCCUGACGGGCGCCUGGCCCGAGCCCAAGACCGACGUCUAUGGCUCCAAGGGCGUCAAGCUCGACACCUACUGCGCCAUCUCCCCUUACCGCAUCGUCAAGUACAGCCGCAAGCACGAGUACUGCCAGGCCAGCCUCAACACCAUUGCCUUUGUCGCCGCCGCCGACAUUGCCCUGGAGAUUUCCGCCCUCGUCGAAAUUGACGUCGAGGCCGACAUCAGCGUCGACCUCAAGGCCGUUGUCGCCGGUCUGGCCGGCCUCUACCUCGAGAGCGUCAUCGACGCCGUCGUCCUCUUCAACACCAACGUCUUCGGCCACUCCGUCCUCCAGGCUGACGUUGCCGCCCACGUCUCUCUCGGUCUGCUCGGCAACCUCGGCGGCGUCUUCUGCGCCGUCGGCCUCGGCAAGUGCAACUUCGACUGCGUUUCCUAUAGCACCAAGGGCUGCAAGAACUACAUCGACGUCGAUGCCGAGAUUGGCGCCAACCUUGAGGGGCUCGUUGGCCUCUGCAUCCUCCCCAACAUCCUGCUCAUCGUGAACGCCGCCAAGGUUGUCGUCACCGUUGCUGUCGACGGCCUGCUCUGCCUCGUCGGCGGCCUGCUCGGCGGCCUCCUCCGCAUCUUCAACUGCAACUGCUCUUAA